GUUACUGUAUGUUUCUGAAUGAGCAGGCAACAGAGCAGAGAGAUUUUAAAAAUACUUAGGUUGAGUCACUUGAUGUAUUUUUAGAUUAAAUGUGCAGAUUUUAAAGCAACAGAAAACUUGGAGCUAAAAUAAAAGGGAAGAGGAACAUACCUGGGAAAAUUCCUUGAUUGAACUACUUCUCAAUUUACCCGACGCGUGAGCAGCAUCCUUGACAAAGACUUGAUGGCUGACAUCAGAAUGGCUGUGGUCCUGCGGCUGAUGGGUUUCUCUCUGCUCGUGCAUGGAUGUCUGGGCAGUGUUGAGCACGUAAACGGAGGCUGCAUGAAAUUGACCCGAAGUGGAGAGAAAGUUUGCUGUGAAGCCUGUUUUCCAGGACACCGCCUGGUCGAACCCUGCGGUCUGAAGGCAAAAGAUCUUUGCACCCCUUGCGAGUCCGGCACAUUUACAGUGAACCCUAGAGUAUACAGUUGCAACCCGUGUACACAAUGUUUGGGGGCUCAGGUCUACAAGAAGCAGUGCACACCCACAAGUGACGCACAGUGCGGCUGUAUACCAGGACUUCUCUGUGGGGACAGCAGCUGUUCCUUCUGUAUCAAGGAGUGUGUCAGAGGUGAAGAACCCACAAAUGAUCGUUACUGCAGACCCUGUCCACCUGGAACCUUCAACGACCAGGGUCAUCAGAAGUGUAAACCCUGGAAAACGUGCACAGCUCCAUAUCAAUACAUUGAGGCCAAUGGAACUAUGUUUUCUGACAUCAAGUGUGUCAAGGUGUCAGUGGAAUUAUUACAAAAGCCCACCAAACCAGAUACCACAGAGCCGACAUGGCCGCUGGUCUUAACCGUGGUGAUCAUUUUAGCUCUAAUGAGCAUCGUCAUCAUGAUCAUCGUCAUCACUGUGACCUUGAAACGCGUCCCGAGAGAAAGAAGAAAGAAGACACAAGACAUAGUCACUACGACAUCGAUAAAUAUAGACUUACCUAUGCCAUUAAGAGCAAUGGAGUGCAGUUUUCAUGAGGCCGAGCAGGAGCAAGGCAGCAGCAGCUCGGGGUCGCUGGACAGCAAGGACUCCUCAGAGCAGCUCAUCGCAUGAAAAGAAGGGACCAGGCAAGAAAGACGCACUGAAAUACCUUAUAGAAUAAGAUGUGAUGCUUCUCUGUGAUACUGAUGUUUUUAGAGGUUGUCAUUUGACACAGCCAACAGGUGAAUACCCGGCUAUCUUUAAAAAAAAACUUCUUAUUCAUUUACCUAAGCAAAGAUCAAGUUUGAACAGUUGCUCAAUAAUCAAACCAGGAUACAAUUUUUGACAGGAAAUGUGUGCAUGGGAAGAAGGGGAAUUCUGAGGGACAAAACAAGUCUACUCAACAUGUGUUUUCCCCUUGUCAGUCAAGCUAUAAAUUUUAUGGGUUCCUGAAAUAGUCACAGUCAUCUAAAUGUUUAAAUUUAGACAACAGAUAAAGGUAAAACUACACAACUUGUUAUUACUUUGAUAUUUAAGUGAGCACAGUGUGAACGUACAGUGCAGGUGGGUGUUCUGAUGCUGAGCCCACACAUUACUUCCAAAACAGAUGUGUUGUUUUACUUUGUGCUAAACCUACAAUUACCUCCUGUUUACUGCUGAAUUUGUAAGUUAAUAUGUCUGUUACUUUGCAGCAGCAGCAGGACAGUGCUGUUGAUGAUGAAUUCAUGUGAUGAGAAAUGAUUUAUCAAGAGUCAGUUUGUUACCUCUGGUCUGUUUUUGUUUAUUUUCUAAAACUGAUGGGGACUUUACUUUGUGAUUAACUGUAAAAUGAUAAGAAUGGUGCUCAGCAGAAAGCAUUUCUCCGCCAAGGGCCCAAUGGUCCCUGUGUGAAAUUUGUAUUUGUAUGUAGAUCUACAACAAACUUCAAUUUUUAAAAUCAAGAUCCAUCAAUUAUUCUCUGAGAAAUCCACAAAAAUGUUGAAAAACGCCAACUCGCAAUGUUGAAGAAAGUGAAAAAGUAUUCCUGCACCUUCUUUCCCGACCCAUAAUGCACCCUUCUACCAAGUUCCAUGUAAAUCAGUUUUGUGCAUUCCCUAUGUGGAGGAAAUAACCAUCAUAUUGAAGGAACUACAUGGAGUUUCGUCCUGUCACAGAAAGUCCAGUGAAGGGAGUUUCUGUUUUGGGAGGUUUUGUGAAUAAGUAACACAUUCAAUUAAAGCAGAUGGGAAUCUACAGUGUGGGACAUUCAUAUAAACACAGCCCUAAUCCAUGUCGUUCUGCUCAUUGCUUUUGUUUAACUUAUAUCACAGUGGCCAAAGAGAUAAAGAGAAGUGGAUUUUUUUUUUUUUAUCUUUUCAAGGCCGUAGCAGAGUUAUCUUAACUGGAAAAGUUGUGAAUCAUUCUGUGGGCUUGUGAUGAAAAUAUAAACACAUAAGCAGAAUGAGUCACAGCUGGAACAAAGUAAGAUGUGAAAGACCUCAAAGUUCACAGGUGAACAUCCACAGACUCAAAGAGCAAAAGAACUGACACACUUUAUUUCACCUGUUACCUGAAAUUAAUGUUAUGAAUUUAUCUUUCUGCUUCAUCAUAUUUUUGUUUAAAUGACUUAUUUUUCUAUAAUAUGCAUUUUCAUAAUUAUCUAUAAACACUGGAUUAUACUGUGCUGCAUUAUAUGUUUAUGACAUUGUACUUUGUAACAGUGAAUAAAAAAAUAUUUUUUAACUUGUUGCACUUAUACAGAACAGUUUCAUUCAUAGUGGUCCACUGAAGCAGUGGUUUGUAAAGAAUUAAAAAAACAAAAAAACAACUGGUGUUCUAAAUGUGGGAAUAAAUGAACAUCAUACAAACAAUCUACAGAGCUGUUAGGUGUGUACAAAAUGUAAUCCUUGUUUCCUGAAGGUCUGGACUGAUAAAAAGCAAUAUCCAAACCAUGCUUUGGAUAUUGUACCAAAUAAUCAAAGCCUAAAGUACCACAUGCAAGUUUUUGGGAGUUUUCAAAUGCAUCUCUACCUCAGUGGAUGGAGCUGGCUCAGGCGUCAUCAUGUGACCUGGUUGAAGUGUAAAAAUUCAGUCACACGUUGACAAGUGGAUGUAUAUCUGAAGAGACCAGGGUCACAAGGAUGGUCUCUAUUGAAAGUCAGAUUAACUCUGAUAACCUUUGAACUUAGAUUGCUUUGCUAAAUACAUAUUGAACCCAAAGAUCGAACAUCGUCCUCACAAGUUGGAUAUGUUUACAUUGGGAUAUUACAAUGCACCAUAACAUAAAAUGAUGACAGUUGUAAUAUGUGUUGCCCGUUUAAAUAAUUAUAGUUCAUUUGAUUGUCUGAG